AAGAGAUUUGGUGGGCUAACAAUUUAUAUUUUUAAUAAUUAAACUUGUAAUGAAAAAUAUCCAGAAGUAUGCACACAUUUCAUGAAACUUCAUUAUUAAGAAAAGUAAAAUCUAUAGAACUAAAAGAGUAUAAGACAAAUGUUAUUAUAUUUAAAAUAAACAAAUAGAAUUCUUGGGGUGAGCUUAUAAUUUGGAGCUUAGUAAAUUGUGUUGGAUCCUCCUUUGAUUAUAACUUGUUAAAGUCGCCGAGGCAUUAAUUUGAUUAAGUUUUUUAUUAUCAAUUUUUGACCAUUCGACAUUACUCGCGCUCUAAAGCUUUUAGAAUCCGUCUUCCGUUUUUGAAGGCCGAUUGAGAAAGUAUUGCUCAUACAUUUUCGAUUGCGUUAAGGUCAAGGCAGGCCAUUCUAAAAUAAGAAUUUUUUCCCUGCCAAAAACUCAUCAAAAUUAUUAUCAAAUAAAUUUUCUUCCGUUUAUCAAGCCAAUACAUUUAGGAAUCAUCUGGUCUGUCAAGAUUGAAUUUUUUUUCAUAGGAAAAAAUUACUCUUUCCAAUACAUUUAUUUAUUUUCAGCAGGAUUAUUUGAUUUAUUUGUAGCUAAACAUUUGAUUUCCCGAGUAUCUCUAGCGCGAAGUUUUGGUUUUCUACUACUUCCUUUGGUGCAACCGUACUUUUCUUUCAAAUUUAAGUAAUGGAAGACCACAGUUUUGCUUCUUUUCUCCAAGGAGUAUCUAUUCUAGAAUUUGUAGAACCUACAGCUGCUGUAGUAAAGCGAUAUCCUUUAUGCCAAAUACAAGUAUUAAAUUUAACUGAAAUUUAUUUGGUCUCUGACUAAAACCUUACAGAGCAGAUUACAAUAAAAUAAUUACAAUUCGGCCGCCGUAGCCGAAUGGGUUGGUGCGUAACUACCAUUCGGAAUUCACAGAGCGAACGGCGGUUCGAAUCUCGGCGAAACACCAAAAUUAAGAAAAACUUUUUUCUAAUAGCGGUCGCCCCUCGGCAGGCAAUGGCAAACCUCCGAGUAUAGUUCUGCCAUGAAAAAGCUCCUCAUAAAAAUAUCUGCCGUUCGGAGUCGGCUUGAAACUGUAGGUCCCUCCAUUCGUGGAACAACAUCAAGACGUUCACCACAAAUAGGAGGAGGAGCUCUACCAAACACCCAAAAAAGGGUGUACGCGCCAAUUAUAAUAUAACAAUUAUAUAUAUAACAGAGAUAAACCUAUAAUAAGUGAGAAUAAUGAUUUAUAUAUACAUUUCGACAAGGAAAAACCAAUAUUACGCUCUGAGAUUUUGUUAAAUUCCGUAAGAGCGCCAGAAACAAAUGACUAAGAUGAACAUACAGACCUGUGAGGCACAUUAAAGGAUAUCUUCUCAAGAAAUUUUGGACAAUCCAAAAAUCAGCUACGAGUUCAAAGGAAGAACUGAACUGUUCCUCUAACACAGCAAUGUGCUAUAAUUAGGGACAUCAUUUCUAUUGCUAGAUUUGCAAACUGGAGUAUUGAGGCAAUAUUCCAUAUACUAAUGGAAGUGCAAAAACAAAAAAAAAAAAAAAACAAUGAGAAAUUUAAGGUCAUAGAUAUAAAUUUUUUGUUUUCGAAUAUUUGAACCUGCCUUGAGAAGCAUGGCAUGCGAAAAGCUACUUGUGCAACUGCUUUACCUUCAUUAGGAUCGGGUAUCUAGCUUUGGAGAAAAUGCGUUGAGGAAAAUUGAGUACGACUAAAAACCUACUCCUAUUUAAAAGUAUACUUAUGUUGCAUAUAUGUUACAUGAAGAGCACACACAUUUUCAAAAGCGACUUCGAAAAAAACUGCUAACUCUUCAACUAACAUUAUACUCUCUCUGCCUCUCUAUGUGCCCGCACGUAUUUUCUCUACACCUUGAAGCAUUACUAAAAGGAAAAGAGAUUACCUUUGAGCAUAGUUUUGCGCGAGCACACCGCAUGCUUAAGUGUAGUGAGUAUGUGACAAAUGCAGGUGAGCAUUUGGUGAAUGAAUAUGUGCUUCCCUCAGCAACAAAUGGGGUAGGUACUCGCUGAGCACCACAUGAGCGUAAAUGCGGGUGGAGAAGUAUAAGUAUAUGUUUUGACAAUUGUUCCGUGGUGGAUGGCCACUGAUGAACAAUGCGCAUAUAAUAAAUUUAAGAGAACCGAAGUCAUACAGUCACGAGAGAGUGCAUUUUGUUUCCCUAUCUGUUUUUCGUAGAGGCAACAAAAAUCGAUUCCUUGAAUCUCGUUAACGAACUUUUAACACGAAUUUAAAGAUUCGAAUGGUAUGAAAUCAGUACAAAGUAGCACCAAGAAACAGACAAGCAGACACGCUGUGACAGUAGAUUUUAGCUACUCGCUGCUGAAAGCCAAAGCCAAAAGUAACUCGGCCGACACGUCCGAAGCAUGAAAAUCGAACAGUACGACGAGCGACCGAGGAUGAUGACCCACUUUUCGGAAUUUUCGCAUUAAGAAACAGCAAUAUUUGUGUCGAAUUCAAAUAGAAUUUAGUGUUCAAAUAAAUAUGUAAAUAAUUGUGUGUGUUUAGAAAAGCGAAGAGUAAACAAAUUACUAAUAAUUAAAGGCGGUUAAAUAAGCAUGGAAAAUUUAUAAAAAUUGAAAAGAAGGAGGAGAAAGAGAGUUUAACCACGCGCAUUGAAAAAAUCUAUUGGCAGAAAAAUUCGCUCUAUACUAUAAAAGCACCCCACAACUCCGUACCGCACCGGACCGCACGUUAGUCAAUGUAGCAGUAACAAAUAUGAGGAGCGAAAAUGGAGCACCAGUGGAGCGCUAGCAGAUACGAUACAGAAAACUGUUGGCACGAAGUUGUGUGAAAAUCGGUCGCAAGCUGGAUUUCUUGGAUACGCGUGUGAAAAUGUGCUAAAGAUUGUGUUUUCUGCAAAAUGUUAAAUGAAAAAGGCUAGCAAUGUAAAGAAUUAAGUAGAUAGCAAUAAAAGUGUCAAAAGUAGCGAAAAUCUAUAAAAUAGUGGUGUAACAGAGUCGCAGUUUUUUGUUUGGUACACACACAGGGAGUUGGCGAGAAAUGUAGAGCAGAGGUUGGCGAAAAUAGAUCGAAGUAUACAAAAAAAGUUAUUUCUGAGUGAAGGUGUGAACAAAUAGUAAUAUAAAUACAUACAAUACAUACAUAUAUCCAUUGAAAUGCAUUUAUGAAAAAUAACUGAACUCCUCCGAAAUGCAAAUGUAAAAUAUAGAAAAUCACCAAAAAUAGCAACAAUACCUAGUAAAAUACAUAGCAGCAAAAAAAUCGAAAUCUACUAAAUGUAAGCAACCAUACGUAUAUACAGGCAUACCUAACUAAUAGCAAUACAUAAAAACCAAAAAUACACAUAACUAAAAACGUAAAAAAUAGAAAACACUUAAAUUAAAUAUUGAAUUUAACAAGGAGCAGAAAAUUUCGUUAGUAAGCGAAAAAGUAAGAAAAUAUUGUUAAUAAACGAUUGGGAAGUUAAACUUUCCAAACGCGAAAAAGCAUAUCGAUACAUAAAGAGGCGCGGAAGUGCCAGUGAAGGGUCAGCAGGUGGCAGGUUUGGCCAGCAAAUUCGUAAAAAUUGCACGCACGCAUACCAACACACACAUACACACGGUAACAGGCAGACACACACCGCGCACGCACGUAUACGCGCCGAGACAGCGAAUAUAAAUACGUACACACAUAUACACGCGCAAAGUGACGAACAGUUGGAUGAUAGCAACGUAAGCAACGGCCACGGCGAUUUGGCUGAUUGGGUUGACGCUCGCACGCUCACACCGUUUGGCAGGCAUUUUGUAGGUAAGUUCGUGCACACUCGGCUGCACUGUUGUUCUGCUGGUUCACUGCCUCUGUAGGCUGUGACUGAUGAAAUUUAUGGUUGCUUGUAAAAGCAACUCGCGUAAAUGAUUUCAUACGCCGAGCGGAAGUGGUAACAACAAAAAAACAAAAAUUCAACGGCAACAACAUUAUCACGAUAUACAGCAACAGCAGCACUAAGGCACAAUAAGGCGGUAUAUCUCAAUACCUAAAACAAGAACCACAACGGCGCUUUUAAAUCCACACUUAACAACCACAAAAUCAUAAAAAUUCGCCAAAAUGCCAUACGAAUCCAUGCACCACCACCAUCAGUCAUCAGCGCCCAACGGCAUGUUGGAUUCGUUGAGUUUGCAGCUGCGAGAUGCGGAAAUGCGUCGCACCGAAAUUGAGCGCGCACAUCAGGAAACAUUGGCACAAAUACGCAAUUUGUCGAGCAACAGUCGCCCGGACACGGAAGCUGUUGAAAAUCUGCAGUCGCGCGCACGUGAACUCGAGAAAAAGGUCGCUUUAGAAAAUGUGCGCUGCGAGGAAUUGCAAAUUGAAUUGACUUCCGCGCUGAAGGCGAAAGCGGGGCGUUCUAGUGGCAGCGAUCGCAGCAACUAUGGCGGCAUCAGCGCUUCAAGUGCGAGUGCUUCUUCAGCUGCCGCCACAUCAGGCACCAGUUCUACUGUCACAUGGGCACCGACAAUCAGUCAUCAGGACCAGGGUUCUGAAAUCGAUAUCAUUAUGGCGAAAAUCGAACAGGAUAAUCGCGUGUUGGCCGAAUUGGAGCAGCCACGCACAUCGGCCAUGGGCAUGUCAUCGAUGCCGACAAGUUCGAUACUGAAUACCACGAAUAGUGAAUUUAAAACCAUAUCAAAAAAUGUGAACUUUUUCUCUCUUCCAGAACUAGAAGAAGAACUGAAUCGUUAUAAACGAGCAGUGUUGGGCGGCACAAGCGGCACCGCUGUCGGUAGUUCAGCGCUCACCAGCAGCUAUGGUACCGCGGCCACCACCGGUACUAGUGGUUUACCAUCAUCGCUUACCUCCACAUUGCCGAAUGGCGCUGGCGCCAUGUCAGCUGCUCUGGCUGGUGGUGGAGGUAGUAGCGGUCUUGGUGGGGGUGGUGGCAGCAGUGUCGGCAGUGGUGGUGGUAGUGGCGGCGGUGGUGGCAUGGGCCUCUCAUCCAUAUCAGCGCUGGUGCCCAACUCCAUUGGCGGCAUCUCGUCGAGUUUGAGCAGUCAUGCUAUACAAUCGAUGAACGCGGCGGCGUCCGCCUAUGGCGCUGGUCCCACGUCCGUUGAGAAACUGCUAAGCGGAACAAGUGGAAUCGCUGGCGGCAUUCCACCAUUGCCGGUAAAUAUUCAUACGAUGAAGUCUAUGCCAUCAGCAUUAAGUCAGCGUGGCACAAUACAACUGUACAAUUUACAGAGCACAACCAUGCCCAUCUUGUCGUUGUACGCGCAUAACAUACCGACUGGCACCAGCAGCUAUUCGGCAUUGGGGCUAAGCGGAGCCGGUGCCGGCGGAGUACCACCGCUCGGUUCAUCGCUGACGCACCCCACCUUGGGCAAUAUGCUCGAUACGAGCACUUUACUGGGCACUACUGGCUUGUCGGGGCUGAGCGGCGUGACGGGUGUUUCUUCGCUGUACGGCUUGGGCAGCAGUGUUGGUAUCGGCGGCCUAAGUGGUCUCUCAACUGGACUGCCCAAUUCUUAUCCCCCACCGUUCAUAGAUGUGGGCUCGAGCGCCUCAUAUCCCUACUCAUCGGCUGCACUGCGUACCGCUACAAAGAUGAAAAUGCUCGACGAGAUCGAUAUACCGUUGACGCGUUAUGGCAAUCGUAGCUCACCAUGUUCGCCGAUACCGCCUAGCACGUGGGGCUUGGAUGAGUUCACGGACAGCUUGAGUGCGUCUAUGCUGCACAAUCGUGGCAAUUUGGCGCUGGGCGCUUUGGAUUUGGAAACCCGAAAUCACAAUUUGAACGGCGUGAGUGAGCCACAGGUGGACAUGUUGGACAUACCGGGCAAGGGACGAUGCUGCGUCUUCAUCGCACGCUUUCCAUACGAUCCACCAGAGGAAGCCGAAGGUGAAUUAUCGCUUUGCGCAGGCGAUUAUUUACUCGUUUGGACCAGCGGUGAACCACAAGGGGGCUACUUGGAUGCGGAAUUGUUGGAUGGCAGGCGAGGUUUGGUGCCAGCCUCCUUUGUGCAACGUCUGAUUGGUGACGAUCUUCUGGAAUUCCAUCAGGCAGUAUUAUCAACACUACGCGAUGCAGAGGAUGGUUCUAUGCAGUGUGAUACCACAUCGUUGCCAUCGCUGCCGCCACACAACCCUUUGCUCACACACACCCAGGAGGAUUUAGCACGUUUGAGUGAGACGCACACUGAUUUGGAGCACGAUCAGGAUGAUAUCAGUGAUAAUGUUCCAGCACCCAAGCACUUGACGCUCGAACGGCAACUGAACAAAAGUGUGCUCAUUGGUUGGUCGCCACCUGAACCGGUCGGUUACAAUCUCAUCGACAGCUAUCAUGUUUAUGUGGAUGGAGUACUGAAAGUAACGGUAAAGGCUAACGAGCGCACACGAGCGCUCAUCGAAGGUGUAGACUCGAAUCGGCCCCAUCGUAUAAGCGUUCGGAGUGUUACACAAAAUCGACAGACAUCACGCGAUGCCGCCUGCACUAUGAUAAUUGGACGCGAUACCUCGCAUCUGGGUCCAUCAGCGGUGCGUGCAUCACAUAUAACGUGUUCAUCGGCGGUCAUUUCGUGGCUGCCGGCCAACUCUAAUCAUCAACAUGUGGUGUGCGUGAAUAAUGUGGAGGUGCGCACAGUGAAGCCGGGCGUCUAUCGGCACACCAUCACCGGGCUGGCCCCGAGCACACAGUAUCGGGUCACUGUACGCGCUAAGCAUUUACGUGCACCGGGUGGUCAACCCACGCCGGGACGUCCACAGGAGGAAGCACCGGGUGCGUAUGCCGAUUUCCGCACGUUGACCAAGGGUCUGCCCGAUCCGCCACAGGAUAUCCAACUUGAGGCUGGUCCUCAAGAUGGUACCAUUCUGGUGACAUGGCAGCCGGUUAACCGGCCAACUUCUUCUGGCCCCGUAACCGGCUAUGCUGUGUACGCCGAUGGUAAAAAAGUUACAGACAUUAAUUCACCAACUGGGGAUCAUGCGCUCAUCGAUAUCGGCAAAUUGGGCGUAUUCAAUCCACGUGCGGUCACCAUACGCACCAAAUCGAGAGACGCACAAUCGGCUGACAGUGCACCAAUACUAAUACCAAACACUGUGAGAAGCGCCGUCGGCCGUCGAGGACCUCAACAGAUGGGGAUGGGGCCACAACAAAUGCAACCUGGCAUGCCCGGCAUGCCCGGCCAAAUGGGUAUGCCCGGCCAACCGCAUCAGCAACAGCAGCAGCACAUGAUGGGCCAGGAUCCGCAUCAAUAUGAUCCGAGUCAGCAAAUGCAACCGGGACAACAGCAACAGCAACCGGGGCAGCAGCAGCCGGGCCAGCCCGGACAACAGCCAGACGGAAGCCAUGGCUUAUUAGGUGGGCUGCUCGGUGGCCUCUUCUCAAAACCCACUACUCAGAGUGAAGUGAAUCAGAAUGUCAAUGGUUACCAGCCGGGCACAGGGCAACGUCCCAUGAUGCAGGGCCGACCACCCGGUCCACAAAUGAUGGGCGUGCAACAGCCAGGCCAGCAACCGUACGGAUCACAAGGUCAAAUGGGCGUACAACGUUUCCCUGGCCAACGAGGGCCUGCACCCGGUUCAUUGCAGGGGCAAAUGCAAGGCCAAUUGCCCGGCCAAAUGCAGGGUCAGAUGCAGGGACAAAUGCCUGGUCAGAUGCCUGGUCAGAUGCCUGGUCAAAUGCCCGGUCAGAUGCAGGGCCAAAUAGGCGCUCAAAUGGCCGGACAAAUGCAGGGUCAAAUGCCAGGUGCUAUGGGUCCACGUGGCCCUCUCAAUCCACAACAACAAAUGCAACAACAACAACAGCAGCAGCAACAGCAGCAACAACAGGCACAAAUGGGCAUGGGUCCUGGGCAACAGCCAUUGACACAACAACAACAGCAACAACAACAAUUGGCGGCACAAAAGAAACCACGCUAUUUCGUUGCUAUGUUCGACUAUGAUCCAAGCACAAUGAGUCCCAAUCCAGAUGGAUGCGACGAAGAACUGCCAUUCCAAGAAGGUGAUACAAUUAAGGUUUAUGGCGACAAGGAUGCCGAUGGCUUUUACUGGGGUGAAUUACGCGGUCGUCGUGGUUACGUGCCUCACAAUAUGGUAACCGAAGUGGAUGAUGGCACCGGCGGUAUGGGUCCGAUGCCCGGUGGUCCACCACAACCAGGUGGUCCGGGUCAAGUGAUGCCCGGCCAGGGUGGUCCCCAGCAGAGUAUGCGCAACGUAAGUCGUGAUCGUUGGGGCGAUAUCUAUGCCAAUAUGCCGGUGAAACGUAUGGUCGCACUAUAUGAUUAUGAUCCGCAAGAGUUGAGUCCGAAUGUGGACGCCGAGCAGGUGGAAUUGAGCUUCAAAACGGGUGAGAUAAUACUCGUUUAUGGUGAUAUGGAUGAAGAUGGUUUCUAUAUGGGUGAAUUGGAUGGUAUACGUGGUCUCGUACCGUCGAAUUUCCUCGCCGAUGCACCCGAUCAGUACAACAACCAAAUGGGACCGGCGGGACGAGGUGGCGCAAGUCAACGGGGUAGAGGACAAGGCCCCGGUGCUCGAGGGCCACCUCCGCCGCCCAGAGAUAAUAUGAUGCCCGGCAUGGCCGGGCAACGUGGUCCACCUGGCAAAAAUGCUCGCCCUGCUUCCCCUACACUGUUAGACAACACGGGCCACCCUGCCCCCGAUCACCAAACGCAGGGGAUGAUCGGUCGCGGUGGUAAUGUUGGUAUGCAACAGCAACUUCAACAACAACCAUAUGGUCAGCAACAGACGCAACAGCAACAACAACAACAACAACAGCAGCAGCAACAAAUGGGCAUGGGUCAAACGGGGCAGCAACAGCAGGGUAUGAUGGGGCAACAACAGCCGAUGGGAGGACAGAUGGGCCAAAUGGGUGCCAUGGGCCAGAUGGGGCAAAUGACACCACAACAACAACAGCAACAGCAGCAACAACAACAACAGCAGCAGCAGCAACAGCAAAUGAGCAUGGCCGGACAGAUGGGACAAAUGGGCCAAAUGGGUGGCAUGGGUACCAUGGGCCAACAACAACAGCAGCCUGGCAUGAUGGGCGGUCAACAGCAAAUGGGCAUGAUGGGCGGCCCGAUGGGCGGUAUGGCGGGGCAGCAGCAGCAACAACAGCCGCCCGUAACGACGCAGUCCUCUGGUGGUUUAUUCUCUGGAGCGACAAGCCUACUCUCAGGUGCUACUUCGGCUGCCACCGGUGGUCUAUUUGGUUCGAAACAACCACCGAAACAAGAUCCAAUGCAACCACCAGUCGGUGUGCAGCCAACGCAGCCAGGCCAACAGCAGCCACCGCCGCAAGGGCAACAGCCACCGCCACAGGGUCAGGGACCCGGGGCGGGGCUGUUGGGCGGACUGAAGGGUAUUGCAGCGGCGGCGCCGGGCGGCGAUGUACUGUCAAAAGGCAAAGAUCUCUUCGGCAAAUUCGGAUUCGGCUUCGGCAAAUAACCCCGGUCAUUUUGUAGGGGAUUUCUAUUUAUAUUGUAUUUAAAUCUGUAUUUAUUACUAACUAAAAGGCAAAAAAAAAUACAAAAACAACACCUAUUAUUAAUGCUAAAAAAUUACAAUAAUAGUAAAUAUUAUAAAUAUAAAAAAUAUGAUUAUUAUAAAUCAUAUCACGCAUAUAAUUGCGUUGAUGAUUAUGCAAAACUAACGGUACUAAUAUUUUUUAUUACAUAAUACAAUGUGAAGAAUUGCAAAGCGAUGUAAAAGCGAAAAAAAGAUUAAUAGAAAUGUUUAAUGCAUUUUUUUUUGUUUUUCGAUUUUUUGUUUUUUUUUUGGAGGGGCAGAAACGCAGCGAAUAUACAAACAUAUACACAUGUAGGUAUAUCUAUUUAAUGAACCGAGCGCGAGUGUCUUUUGGCACAGCGGUGCAUGAUGAGUAGCGGCCACGGAAUAUACAUACAUAUGUAUGUAUGUACUUGUGAGGGGUAAGGGUCGCCUGAGUUUGAAAGCGAAACAUUAUACUAAAACAACAACAGCAAAUACACAAAUACAAAAUUGAACAAACCCGAACACACUGAGAGAAAAAAACUAUAGAAUUGUUGUAAAAAUUAAGAUUUAAGUACGCACGAAUACAAAAUAACGCCACACAUACACAUACCAACUGAAGAGAGAACCCCAUCAAUGCAGAUAUGACAUUAAUACAAGCAGAUAAAAAAAAACAAAGGAAAAAUACACAUCAGCACACAGCAUUUCGAAUAGAGCGCCACUUUUGAGGCAACAAAAAUGCAAUAAUAGACGACGACGGCAACAAAAACUAAAUAAAAAAAAAAUUUGCUACAAAUUUCUUCAAAUCUCACACUAACUAAUUCAUUUGAAUUCUUCGUAAAUAUAAAUGCAUACAUACACACAUAUACAUAUAUAUUAUACACACCAGCGUUUACAUGCAUAUAAACAAACACUAAUUUCAAUACAAAGCAAAAUGGUAAAAAAGGAGUAAAAUAAUAUACAUACUAUGAUAAAUAAUUAUUAUUAAUAUUAAAAAUUAAAACAAAAGUAUAUUAUAUAUAUAAAUACAUGAAUAUAUUUACAAGAAAAAAUUAUUUGUUACGCACAUUGUUAAAUUUGCUACUGUUGCUGACCAGUUUAUAAAUAAAACUAAAUGAAUAAAUAAAAAAAAAAACAAAACCCCAAAAAAAAAGAAAUGAAAAGUCAAAACAUACAUACAUACAUAAAAAAUACAAAAUAUAUAUUACUUGAAAAAAAGGCAAGCAAGCAAAAAAAAAUUUGCAUAAAAUAUAAAAUAAUAUUUAAAAAAAGAAAACUGAAGAAAAACAAGCUACAUAUUAUAUAUUAUGUGAGUGUGUGUGUGAAAAAUUAUUACAAAAAACACAACUCACAAGAAAAAGCAACAAAAAAAUAUACUUAAACCUAUACCUAGUGAAUACAUACAAUACAUACAUAUAUACAUAUUGAAGCCCCAAAUGAAUCAAAAAACAGUAAAAAUACCAUAGGGCAACCAAGAAAUUGGCAAAUAAAAGGUGGAAACUCAUUUUUUUGAGCAUAAAAAAAAUUGUAAACAGACACUAUGCUUAAAUUACAAAAACAAAAAAAAACAACACACACAAACAAAGAAA